AUGACUAAGGGAGCCGCAAGAACAACGAGCGAAAGCAAGCACGUGAUCCAUUACCCCACCAAAAGUAGCGGAGAGGGCCUUGCAGACAGGGAGAAAUUAGUUGCCCAACUUUCUCCCACCUCAAGGUGGGAGUCCAGUGACCAGAAAGUGGGCGAUGGCUUUGACCCUGAAGGAGUGGGACCAAUGAGUCAGUCGCUGAAAAGCCAUCAUUUCUUUGCCAACCCCGAUUUUGGCUUGAAUGGCAUUCUAAGGCUUCAAGAAAAACACACUUUUCCAUUUCUCUCAAACGCUGGGUUUCUCUGA